AUGGGAUAUGCAGCAUAUAGAGCGUGGAACACUGGCAUUACUUCUCUCAACCCUGACACUGUUGCCCUUACAAAACAAGGCGCGACACUCUACACCAUUCAGCUUGGGCUGAAUUUAAUUUGGAUGCCUCUUUUCUUCGUCUGGGAGCGGCCGAUCGAAGCUUCUAUCGAUAUUACGUUGUUGACAGGGGUCACGGGCUACCUCACCUAUAUUUGGUCACAGGUAGAUCCCGUGGCGUCGUGGGCGCUCACUCCGUAUCUCGGCUGGCUUGGUUUCGCAACGUAUCUUUGUGUUGGGGCUGGGCAGUUGAACGAUUGGGAAUUCAAGAGCAAGGAAAAAGAUAAGCCUGCCGGCAAAGGCCCGGAUGGAACGACAUACAUUAAUGAGAAGAAAGAGUAA